AUGGAGCUGAAGGAUUUCUGUCUGACGGGCGACUAUCACUUCCUCAGUCCACAGCGCCUCCUGGACUCUUCCUCCUCCUCCUCCUCUUCCUCGCCCACCGAUGAGGCUCGGUCUCCGGCCUCCUUCCCCCUCAGCCCCUGCUUCCCGCUGGACUCCUCGGCAUCCUUCCUCCUGCCCAGCCCGGCCUCCUCGUCCUCCUCGUCCUCCUACAGCCUCGUCUGUGGAGCUCCAGAACCCGACUCUCCGACCGGGUCCAGCAGCAGCAGCGCCGGCGCCUCGGCAUCGGAGACGUCGGCCCGCUUCUCCAUGACGGACUCGUUUUCAGUCCAGGUGGACUCCAUCCUGAGAGGCGACUAUCUGACUCCGAUGGCCGCCGUCGGACCCAAGAGGUUGUGUCUGGUCUGUGGAGACUUUGCGUCGGGGUACCACUACGGGGUGGCGUCCUGCGAGGCCUGCAAGGCCUUCUUCAAGAGAACCAUCCAAGGUAACAUCGAGUACAGCUGCCCGGUGAUGAACGAGUGCGAGAUCACCAAGCGGCGGAGGAAAGCCUGUCAGGCCUGUCGCUUCCAGAAGUGUCUGCAGGCCGGGAUGAUGAGGGAAGGUGUUCGUAUGGACCGAGUCAGAGGAGGUCGGCAGAAGUACAAGAGACGAGUGGAGACAGGACUGAGUUUAUACUCCAAGACCCCGUACAGCCACCCAGUCAGCAGCCGAAACAAGGUGAUCUCCCACCUGCUGCUCACAGAGCCCGCCCCCCUGGCUGCCAAUCAGGACGACUCGACCAAUGACGGCAGCCUGAGGACCCUGCUGACCCUCUGCGACCUCCUGAACCGGGAGCUGCUGGUUCUGAUUGGCUGGGCCAAACAGAUCCCAGGUUUCUCUGGUCUCUCGUUGGUCGACCAGAUGUCGCUGCUGCAGAGCGGCUGGAUGGAGGCGCUGCUAGUGGGCGUGGCCUGGCGCUCUCAGGGGGCGCCGGGGGAGGAGCUCGUGUUCGCCGGGAACCUGCGGCUGGACGAGUCCCAGUGUCGAGCCGCUGGAUUGGCCGACGUGUACGAGGCGCUGCGUCACCUGACGGCUAGAUACGAGGCGAUGAAGCUGAGCCCUGAAGAAGUGGUGACGCUGAAGGCCAUGGCACUCGCCAACUCUGACGUCGACCCGGUGGACUGUCCCGACUCGCUGCAGCGGUUCCAGGACGGGCUCCACGAGGCGCUGCAGGACCUGGAGGCGACCCGGCGGGAGCAGAACCGGGCCGGCCGGCUGCUCAUGAGCCUCCCGCUGCUGCGGCAGACGGCCGACCGGGCCGUGCAGAACCUCCUGCGGCUGCACCGGAGCCGCCGCGUGCCGCUGCACAAGCUGCUGCUGGAGAUGCUCGACGCCAAGGCCUGA